CACACACACACACACACACACACACACACACAUUUUAAACCUGCAUGAACAGUGCAGCUGCAGAAGUGGAGGGUAAGAGACAAUAGGAGAGGUGGCGAGAAUAAUUUUUCAGUCAUUGUUUUAAUGCAAAGCUCCCUGGAAGCUGCUCUCAUUUUUGACAAAGGCUUGCUUUAAAGCAUGGUAAAAACAAUUCUCUCCUGACACUGACACAUCCAUCUGUCAGAGUGUUUUGCAUAAGCUCCAUCUUAUCCCCCUUUUCCGUCUUUCCUUCCCUCUUCCUUCCUUUCAGUACUUUACCCUGCAGAAAUCCCGGACGAGGUUUCUCCUCCCCUCAAUCUUCAACCUCUUGUAUGCUUCCCACUUUCACUCUCCAAGUACUUCUCUUAAGCCCUCCCACUCCUUCCCUUUAAACCCUUGAAACAAUUUCAACUAGGUAGACCAAAGUCUCAUCCUGGACACACAUUCAGAUGGAGGAUCAGAAGAGGCUCCUGGUCCCAUUGUUUGCUCUGCUCUGUGUCUACACUCCAGUGUGUGGAGCUGAGGGAUGCAGUGGUUUUAAACACCUGGAAAACGGACAGACGUUUUUCCGAUACGGUGGGCUGCUGGUGAUCUUCCGCUGUCGCCCUGGAUACAAGCUCCAUGGAUACCAAACCAACAGCUGUGUGUCUGGGCACUGGUCGCGGGAAACUCCAGUAUGUGUUGGAUCUGGUUGUUCCGACCCAGGGCCGCUCAGCCAUGGCACGAGCAGCAUGAAUGAGGACCGCUCAUGGGCUGUGUUCAGCUGCGAUAGUGGCUUUCGACUACACGGACCUCCAACGUUGUACUGCAAGGGCCACAUCUGGAACAGUACAAAGCCUGUCUGCAGAGAGUCCGACAUGAUGAGCUCGGUUUUAGGUGUUAAUAUACGAAAGCCAAACAUCCAACACCAGAUUCUUCAGGCUGCUGUAGUUCUGAAGACGCAGCAACAAUCACACUACAACACUAUGGCUAAUACUGCCUCUAAAGAAGCAAACCUCAAUAUUGGCCAAUUGCCUCACAUGCCAUCAGUGUCCAACAAUCAGAGGGUUCAACUGGCUCAUUCAAAAGUCCAAGUGCAGGAGCAAAAUCUGCUUCAGAACUUAAAAUUCAAAGAUGGAUUUCAGACGACUCAUCAUGAGGUUGAACUUCAGGUGACGAACGAAGUAGAAGGACCAGGAACUGAAAUUAAGGGAGAUAUCUCAGAGGAAAAAAAAUUCAAGGAAAAAGCGGAAAAGUUAGACAAAAUAACUCAAUUGUUUGCCUCCAAAUCAUAUCUCUCUACUACUGUCUCAUCGGAGCUAUCAUUAGUGGCUGUAACAGAACAGUCAGUAUCUACUUCACCAUCAUUUUCAACAGUUCAGACACCAGCCAUAACUGCUUUCACAAAUACUCAUUUAAAGAAUAUGCUCCCAGUUGUGGCGUUCUCCCCAACUCCAUAUCUUAACCACACACAAUCUGCUCUUCCUGGGCCUGGCAGAGAAAACCCCCUCUCAUAUGGUGAUCAUGGCAUCGACUUGGAUCUUUUUUCUCCCUUUGAAGUAGUAACAGACACUUUGCAAACUGAAGACCAACAGACUGAAACCAGCUCUGAGUAUCCGCUUUUAUCCCAGUCUGGAUCUCCAGAUGACAAAGUCCUCACAGAGACUUCAACUAUUACUCUUACUACUAUUUUAGUUUCUAGUAGUUCUGCCUCCACGUCAUCCUCUGCUUUAUCAGCGCUCUCCAAAUCAGACACAGUUUCCUCCUUUUCUACCCAAACUUCCACAACCCUCAGCUCCACCCAGUCCAAAAUGAAGACACAACCAUCAAACACCUCCACAACCACUGAGCAAAGAUCUAACUGGACUGAAUACAACAACCUUAUGCCGACUGCUACCUCCAAACCACCUCUGCCUGUACUGAACCGAAUCAGACGACCUGUCUGCCCGUACCCACCUGUACCUGCUCAUGGUACCUUCUACUUCCGUAAUGUGGAGAAUCCAGGUCCCAGAGAGUACAGACACUACAUCCAGUAUGCUUGUUAUCCUGGUUUUACCCUGGCUCAUGGAGACGUACACAGCUACUGUCAUCAGGGCAGGUGGAGCGGAAUCACACCUGUUUGUCUGGAGUUGACACCAUGUUCAGUUAAUAAUGGAGGCUGUUCCCAGCUGUGCUCUCACUCCCAGCUGUACAACCAGAGCUCCAAACAGACCCAGACCAGAACUGAGUGUCACUGCAGACCUGGAUUCACUCUGCUGGAUGACGGGCGAACAUGUCGAGAUGUUGAUGAGUGCAUGGAGCAGCAACACCAGUGUCAGCAGAGAUGCAACAACACAUUUGGUUCCUUCAAGUGCAGCUGUGAUGACGGUUAUCACGCAGCUCCUGACCAAAUCUCCUGCACAGAUGUGGAUGAGUGCCUGCUUCCUGCAGCUGUCACUGGCUGUGCGUUCGGCUGUGUGAACACUCCCGGAAGUUUCCACUGUCAGUGUCCUGUAGGAUACGUCCUCCAGACUGCAGACAGACUCUGCAAAGAUAUAGACGAGUGUGCUGUUAAUCAGGGUCUGGGACCAUGUAUGGAGCAGUGCCUCAACACGCCUGGAUCAUACCGAUGCUCCUGCCCAUAUGGACUCAUCUUAGACAGAAACGGACGCAGCUGCAUCCCCGAGUGUCCGCCUGGCUACAAGAGCCAACAGACAACAACACCUGCGAAUACAACAACACUAGUUCUUAGGGAGGAGUGUGAAGAUAUCAACGAGUGCCUGGAGGAGGACAGGUGUGGGUGGCAGUGUGUCAACGUGCCAGGCUCGUACAACUGCAUCUGCCCCAGAGGAUACACACUGCAGGGAGACGGGCGACGCUGUAAGGACGUUAACGAGUGCAAUCGGAAGAACGGAGGGUGCUCCCACCUGUGUGUGAACCAAAAAGGUGGCUAUAAAUGUGCCUGUCCAGCCUCCCAUCGCCUCUCCCCCUUCAGCUGGAAGAAAUGUCUGCUGAGGACAACAGCGAACACUGCUGGCUGAGCAGGAAACCACCUCAAAUUAUAAACAAUAUUUAGUCCCACCCAUAGAGCAACAAGUAGAGCUCUGAUAUUCUGAUAUACUGUUGUGUGUUGGUAGGAAUCUGGCCAAUCAGAGCAGGUGCCUAGAUUAGUAAUCAGACAGAUGACACAUCAUCAUCCA